GCAAUGGGUCUCUCGAACCGUCUCCACGACGUCCCCGGCGACUCCCUCCCUCUCCUCCUCCUGGCCGCGGCAGCGUCCUCCAUCGCCUACCUCCGCGCGCUCCUCCUCCGCAUCCUCCCCCUCUCCUCCUCCGCUGACCCAGACGACUCCGCCGACUGUGACGGCUCCCUCGGAUCCGGCCUAGCGGGCCUCGCCCUCCUUGCCGACCACCUCGCCGCCGAUCGAACCUUCCCUUUCCUCCUCCCCCGAGGCGAUGACCUCCGCCCGGAUUGCUCCGUCUGUCUCUGCCGCCUCGCCGACGGCGACCGCGUCCGCCGCAUCCCCUGCGGCCAUGUCUUCCACCGAGACUGCCUCGACAGAUGGCUGCUCCAGCUCAACCUCUCCUGCCCUCUCUGCCGCUACCGUCUCGUCGCGCCGGAGCUCCGCGCUGCCGCAGAUCGUCGGAUCGGAGCUGAGCUCGUCGCCUGCCUCUCCCAAUCUUGAUCCUACGGUCAGGAUCUGUUAAGAUGACGUCACGAUAUUAUCUUGAUUUGUCUUUUUAUUUUCCUUUUUUCCCCUCCAAUUUUUUUUAAGGCCUCGCCUUUUUUUUCUUUUUUCUUUUUGUUGUUGUUUGUCUACUGUCCUUUUUGUGUGGUGAUGCACUCUUUUCUUUUUUAUGGAAGACGUUUUUAAUUUGGGACA